AAUUGUCUUUUAAUUUAACUCAGCGUGGUAGCCAAAUAGCUGACAUUUUCGACAACAUGUCACACCUCAAGAAACAAGUUGACGAGAAGAAAGAAGUUCCAGAAACUCCUGAGUUUUCUCUAACUAAGGCUGUGGAGGACAUCAGUCAACAUGGCUUUGCCCAAGCUGAGACCUUAAAAGAACAAGAGGAUACACUCAGCUCCCUGCAGGCUACACUUUCGGAUGUUGUGAAGAAACGUGAGGCUGUGGAGGGGGAACUAAGAUCAAAAGAGAGGGAAUUCCUUUUGUGUCAAGGUCAGAUGGAGCAUCUGGAGAAGCAAUCUAAAGUCCUACAUGAUCGCUGCGUAUCCAUCACCAUGAGCAAAUCAGAACUCCAGGGUCUUAUACGCGAGGAGGAGGAGAACGCUCGCAAGGUCAAGGCAAAGUUAGACACUUACAGAAGCAAGAUGAAGGCUCACAGAGAAGCUGUUCUGUUUGCUGACAGCCAGACAGAGGCCCACAAACAGCUAGAGGAGAAGAAGAUGCAGAUCCAGAUGCUGAAACAGAUGAAAGAGCAGCUCAAGAAGGAUUUAGAGGAUCCAAAUGGAGCUACACAACAAAUGGCAAAGAAUGAGAUCGAUGCUCUGAAGAUGAAGAUCUUUGAAAGGAAGCUGAGCAUCGCUGAGAGGAGGGAGCAGCUGAAAGCAGAAUGUGAGAUUCACGUCCAGUUAAAGAAAGACACUGAGAUUCAAAACAAGCGCCACGAUGCCAUCGUCAGGCGCCUCUGCUGCCAGGUGAACAGAGCCCAGGCCCUCCACAGGCAGAUGCUGGAGGACGUCUUUGACUUGCAGAAUCAGCUGGAUGAGCUAAAGAUGCAGCAGCAAUCCUCACAGGGCUCAGCAGUCAGUGAUUAUUAAACUGUAGAGUCGGGAUUUUCAUUUUUGGGCCAAUUUCAACGGUUCUGCUCUAUUAAAAGUGUUGUUUCUCCAGUUGGACACGAGGGGGCAGCAUUGCCCACUCAAUACUUGUCUCUGGUUGUUAUUUAUUCGAUUUAUACAAGAAAAUAAUAUGUUAAAUUAAAGAUUUGUUCAAA